AUGCCUAUUACGUUGGUGGACAUUUGGAGGAAUAUUGCCCCAGCACCGAUGGUCCUCUCUAUUGUCACUUUUACGUCCCUUUUUUCUGGAGGAUUUAAAAAUGUUCCUACUUGCUCUAAACUGACCUGCAUUCUGAAUGACAACAUUGUGGCUUGUAGAUAUGGAAUUGCAAUUGGCAUUAUGGCUUGUUUGAUUUGUGUACUGUUUCUCCUGCUUGAAGUCCUUGGGCUGGCCAUCUGCUGUGACUUGAUGCAAAAGAUCAUCCUUAUUUCUGACAUCAUCUGCUGUGUUCUUUGUACCAUCCUGUGGUUUUUUGGAUUCUGCUUUAUGACUCAUCAGUGGUCUAUAACUACACGUUAUAUUUAUCUAAUGGGAUCUGAAAGCGCCAUCACUAGCAUAACUGCCUCCUUCUUCUCCACUCUGUGCUGGGCUCUAUUGUCCGUUCUUGCCAUUGUGCGCUUCCGUUCUACCAAAACCACCCCGGAGGACACUGUUACAGCUUCCUAA